GGGAAGGAAGCAGAAGGAGGGGGAGGGUUUUUUUAAAAAAAAAAGUUUGGAAGGUUUCCCCCCGUGAUUUAUGAGGUUUAGGAGUUUGGAAGUGCGUCGGGAAACCCCGGGGGGGAAACACACCCCAACCAACACAAAAUGAAAGGCGUCGUGGCGGAGGGGCCGGUGGUGGUGGCGGUGGUGGUGGCGGCGGCGGCGCUGCUGCUGUUGGGCGGCGGCGGCUGCGUGUCGUUACCGAGCGGCUGCAAGAGGUUGGACGAACGUCCUAAAAGCGCCGGGAAACAGGCGGGGACGACCGAGAAGAAAGUGGUUUGCACCAACCUGGAGCUCGCGCACAUCUUCCCCCUGGACGCCCUCCCACACAGGACCGUGACUCUAAUCCUGAGUAACAAUAAACUAUCACAUUUAAAGAAUGGCUCGUUUGUUGGACAGAUCUUCCUGGAAAAAUUAGACUUGAAGAACAACUUUAUCAGUAAUAUUGAACCAGAUGCUUUUGGGGGGCUUUCAGUCCUGAAAAGAUUGGAUUUAUCGAACAACAGGAUAGGCUGUAUAAAUGGAGAAAUGUUCAGAGGCCUUUCAAAUCUUAUCCGUCUAAACCUUUCAGGAAACCUGUUUUCAACAUUGUCUCAAGGCACAUUUGAGAGCCUUCAAUCACUGAAGUACAUAGAAUUUCAAACGGACUAUCUUAUGUGUGAUUGCAACUUACUCUGGAUGAUUCAAUGGAUAAAGGCGAGAAACAUAACUGUGCGAGAAACUAAAUGCCCUUAUCCAAAGUCUCUACAGCAGCAGCUUGUGACAAGUGUACGAAAGGAACUUUUGACUUGCGAUACGCCUCUUGAGCUGCCAUCCUUUCAGUUGACCCCUUCCCAUCGCCAGGUGGUGUUUGAGGGAGACAGCCUCCCUUUCCAAUGCAUGGCCUCAUAUAUUGAUCAAGACAUGCAGGUACUCUGGUACCAGGAUGGAAAAAUAGUGGAAACAGAUGAGUCCCAAGGCAUUUUGGUUGAAAAAAAUAUGAUCCAUAAUUGUUCCCUUAUUGCAAGUGCCCUGACAAUCUCAAAUAUCCAAAUGGGCUCCACUGGAAACUGGGAAUGUCGUGUUCGAACAAAACGUGGGAACAAUACAAAGCAAGUUGACAUAGUUGUCUUAGAGAGUUCAGCUCAGUACUGCCCACCUGAAAGAGUGAUGAAUAACAAAGGGAACUUCAGGUGGCCUCGCACACUAGCUGGCAUCACUGCCUACCUGCUCUGUACCCGUUAUUCUGCAGGUACUGGUAUAUAUCCUGGUAGCUCUCAAGAUGAAAGGAAAGUGUGGCGUAAAUGCGAUCGAGGUGGAUUUUGGGCCGAGGAUGACUAUUCGCGAUGCCAGUAUGCAAAUGAUGUUACACGGGUGCUUUACAUGUUUAAUCAGAUGCCCCUGAAUCUCACCAAUGCUGUGGCCACAGCACGACAACUGCUGGCAUACACUGUGGAAGCUGCAAACUUCUCAGACAAGAUGGAUGUCCUCUUUGUUGCUGAAAUGAUUGAAAAGUUUGGCCGGUUUACAGAGAAGUACAAAGAACUUGGUGAUGUUAUGGUGGAUAUUGCUAGUAACAUCAUGUUAGCAGAUGAACAUGUCCUUUGGAUGGCUCAGCGGGAAGCAAAAGCCUGUACUCGAAUAGUUCAAUGUUUGCAACGUAUUCCCACUUACAGACUAGCCAACGGAGUGCAUGUUUAUUCAACGUAUUCUCCGAACAUUGCAAUGGAGGCUUCUGUGAUCAAGGCUAAUGGCUUCAGUGGGAUGACCUGCACUGUGUUCCAAAAAGUAGCUGUGACGGAUAGAACAGGACUUGCUGACUUUGGGCGGCGAGACCCAGAUGGCAACUUGGACAAGCAGUUCAGUUUCAAGUGCAGCCCCGGCAACAUCAGCAACACACUUUCCAGUUUUGUAAUCAAGAAUACAAUUGCGGAGGCAUCUAUUCAGUUGCCACCAUCUUUGCUUACCCACUAUUCUAUGACAACACCAAUGGAAGAUGCAGUCUACAAAUUGCAACUUAUUGCUUUCCGGAAUGGCAAACUCUUUCCAAGCACAGGGAAUUCAACAAAUUUGGCAGAUGAUGGGAAGAGACGGAGUGUGGCCUCCCCUGUGAUCUACACAAAGAUAGAUGGUAACAGUCUGGAUUCCCUCAGCCACCCUGUCACUGUUACACUGCGUCGUAUUGCACAUGGGGUAGAUCCAGUGGGAGCAUACUGGGAUUUCAACAUUCGGAAUGGUUUUGGAGGAUGGAUAUCUGAUGGAUGUCACAUUGUCACAUCAGAUGAGAAUGUCACCACAAUGCAGUGCUACUCUCUGAACAACUAUGCAGUUUUGAUGGAUCUGAAUGGUGCUGAUUUUGAGCUGCGGUCCAUCGACCUCUUACAUCCAGUGGUCUAUGUCACUGCAGCAGUUUUACUCAUCUGCUUGUUCAUAAUCAUUGCUAGCUACAUAUACCACCACAGUGCGGUGCGGAUCAGCCGCAAGAGCUGGCACAUGCUGGUCAAUCUCUGCUUUCACAUUUUCCUGACCUGUGCAGUGUUCGUCGGUGGCAUCAAUCAAACCAGGAACAUUAGUGUUUGCCAGGCGGUGGGUAUAAUUCUACACUAUUCCACACUUUCCACCAUCCUGUGGGUCGGUGUUACAGCAAGGAACAUUUUCAAACAGUUGACAAGGAAAGCUAAAAGGUGCCAGGACCCUGACGAGCCCCCUCCUCCUCCCCGGCCAAUGCUUAGGUUCUAUCUAAUUGGAGGAGGAAUUCCUAUCAUAGUUUGUGGCAUCACAGCAGCAGCUAAUAUUAAAAAUUAUGGGAGUGAAGUAAAUGCACCAUAUUGUUGGAUGGCUUGGGAACCAAGUUUAGGAGCAUUCUAUGGGCCUGUGGGCUUUAUCUUCUUUGUGAACUGCAUCUACUUCCUUAGCAUUUUUGUGCAGCAUAAACAGCAUCCAGAACGUAAAUAUGAGCUAAAGGAAACGACAGAAGAACAGCAACGUUUGGCAAGCAUCGAACAUGGCGAUUCGCAUUUAAAUGAUUCAAUGUCUACAUCGCAAGCAAACUGUUCAGUGGUUUCAUCCUCUGCACUGGAGAAUGAGCACACGUUUCAAGCUCAGUUGAUUGGUGCAAGUCUAGCAUUAUUUAUGUAUGCUGUGCUCUGGGUAUCUGGGGCUCUUGCAGUUUCACAAUAUUAUCCUCUGGAUCUUAUUUUUAGCUGUCUCUUUGGGGCGACAGCUUUGAGUCUAGGUGCUUUCCUUGUGCUUCACCAUUGCAUUGGCAGAGAAGAUGUAAGACGAUGUUGGAUGGCUACUUGCUGUCCAGGAAGGAGCACCUAUUCUAUGCAGGUGAAUGUUCAACCUCCAGGUGCCAGUCUUACCAACGGAGAGGCUCCAAAAUUUGCAAACAGUAGUGGAGAAUCCUCCACUACCAACAAGACUGCAUCCAGCAACAACAAACUUUCCCAGGGAUGUAAACUGACUAACCUUCACGCUGCAGCAGUGCAGAAUCAGAUCAAUCCUGUGGCUAGCAACAUAUCUACACAGCUCGACAACAGCCUUACAGAGCAUUCAAUGGACAAUGACCUGAAAAUGCACGUAGCUCCUGUGGAAGUGGCGUACCGUCCCAAUGGACAAGUGAACAGGCACCAUAAAAACCGGACUAGGGCACACCAAGCUCAUCGACACAGCAGACUCGCAGUGUUAAGAGAGUAUGCGUAUGAUGUUCCUACAAGUGUAGAGGGAAGUGUGCAUAAUGGCCAACCAAAGAGUAGGCACAGCAACCAUGAGAGUCACCAUGGCAGUAGACGGUCUCGCUCUGCUUUGAGGGAGCGCCAUUACAGCCACAGCCAACUUGACAACAGUGAUGUCAGCUACACACUGACGCAUUGUAAUCGAAAUGUAGAGAAGGACGGGGUCAGUAGCAGUAAAGACAGUUUACAGCAGCCUAUAAUGGUUGAACUUGAGAACCAGAAAUCGUACGGUCUUAAUUUGGCCACUCAGAAUGGACUGCUGAAAGGCAGCAGCCAAGAUGCACCCUUGCUCAAUGCAGACAGCACUGGAAACAUCAGAACUGGGUUUUGGAGAAACGAAACUACUGUGUAGUUUACAAAGUCUCCCAAUUUUUUUAAAAAAACAUAUCAAACUGUGAGGUACAUUCUUUUGAACUGUUAAAAUUAUUGUUGUAAAAAUGUUUACAAAAUAACAUUCUACAUUGUAAAAUGAAUACAGAAGGUACGGUCUGAUUUCUGAUACGUGAAGCUAUAAUUUUUUUAAAUUUUCUGUACAUAUCUUUUUAAGUGAUCCAAACUCAUAUUAAUCCUUUGUGUAAAGAGACAUAGAGAACAAUGCCACAAUUUCUAUUUUUAUAGCAUUUAGUUCUGUUGUAUUAUGCAGUACUGGAUGUUUUUUUAAGCUUUAUACAUAAAACUGCAUGAAUAGUGAAGCUCAGAAACACUGCCUAAUAUCCAUCUUCUGGGUCUGUAAUUUUGCUACAUAAUAAAAUGUUUGUCUUGUAA